UUCCGUACAGAAAAUUCCUAGAUGAAUUUUCAAAUUGUAUUCCCAUGGCUCUCUCUCUUUCUCUCUCUACCGCUAUAUGAAUUGACAAGUUGAUUCCUAUCAAUAACUCUCAUCUCUAGCCAGAAAGUUAGAUAUCCAAGGAACACUACUUCUUCGACGACCACUCAAACUAGCUAUGGCAACUCAGAAUUUAGAUAUGCUCAAGACUCAGAUCCACCGGCCAGACAAUGCCCGGACGUUCUUCUUACUGAACAAACCAUGCUUCCCCAGCCACAGUUUUGAUUCAUUUUCCUUCCGGCCAGGGCCACAACUCCAGAAAAAGUAUAGGAAUAUUAGGGCUGGUUAUGUCCUUAACAAUGCUAAAGCUGUAGCAGGUGGAACCCGCAUGUCCACUUCUGUUAAGGCAACUGUUACCGUGAAAUUAAGCGAUGGAGGGUGCUUCUUCAACUUGGUAGGGUUGAGCCAUGGGUCCGAUGAUAUAUUGGACUUACUUGGUAAAUCACUCCUUUUAGAGAUUGUUAGUGCAGAGCUUGAUCCUAAGACGGGAUUAGAGAAGAAACCAAUUAGCGGGUAUGCUCGCCGAACAGGCCAAAAGGAUGGGGAGGUGAUUUACGAGUCAGAGUUCGUGAUUCCUGGUGACUUUGGGGAGAUAGGUGCAGUUCUAGUCGAGAAUGAACACAAGAAUGAAAUGUACCUCAAGCAUAUAGUCCUCAAUGGCCUCCCAAAUGGCCCUAUUGAGUUCAACUGUGAUUCAUGGGUUGAGCCAAAGUUUGAUAAGCCUGAGAAGAGGGUCUUUUUCACCUUCAAGUCAUACUUACCAUCACAAACACCAAGAGGCCUCAACAGUUUAAGAGAAAAAGAUCUUGUAAGUUUACGAGGAAAUGGUAAAGGCGAACGCAAGACUUCCGAUAGAAUCUAUGAUUAUGAUGUGUAUAAUGAUCUGGGUGACCCUGAUAGCAAGUCUGAAUUGGCCCGACCAGUGCUUGGUGGUAGCAAGAAGUACCCAUACCCUAGGCGAUGUAGGACGGGAUGUCCACGGUCCAAGAUUGAUCCCCUUUCGGAGACAAGGACUGGCACCUUCUAUGUGCCAAGGGAUGAAGAAUUUUCUGAGGUGAAGCAGAACUCAUUCAUAACAAAGACAGCAGAGUCAGUGUUGGACGCGUUAUUACCAUCCCUAAAGGCAGUCCUACUUGACGACCCUGGUCUUGGAUUUCAACACUUCUCAGAUAUAGACCAAUUAUACAAUCAAGGAAUGCCCAUUCCUAAGGUUAAAAAUCAAGGACCUUUGCAAAGUAUAGUGCUGAGACUAGUGAAGGCCAUUGAAGAUGCAGACGAUGUCGUGAAAUUUGAAACCCCUGCAAUGUUUCAUAAGGACAAGUUCUCUUGGCUUCGGGAUGAGGAAUUCUCACGCCAAACCCUUGCUGGUGUUAACCCAUACAGUAUAAAGUUAGUUACGGAAUGGCCAUUGAAGAGCACACUGGAUCCUGAUGUCUAUGGUCCACCCGAAUCGGCAAUCACCACAGAGUUGGUCGGGCGAGAGAUAAAAGACUUCAUGACAGUAGACAAGGCAUUAGAACAGAAGAAGCUAUUCAUCAUAGAUUACCAUGACUUAUUAUUACCAUUUGUAAGCAAAGUAAGGCGGAUCAAAGGGACAACACUGUAUGGCUCAAGGGCACUUUUCUUCCUAACACCUGAUGGCACCUUGAAGCCUCUAGCCAUCGAGCUCACUCGCCCCCCAAUGGAUGGAAAACCACAGUGGAACAAAGUUUUCACGCCCAGUUCGGAAGCUACAGGUUUGUGGCUUUGGAGGUUUGCCAAAGCCCAUUUCCUCGCCCAUGACUCCGGUUAUCAUGAGCUUGUUAGUCACUGGUUGAGAACUCACUGUGCGACAGAACCUUACAUAAUUGCAACAAAUAGGCAACUCAGUGUAAUGCACCCAAUCUAUAGAUUAUUAUAUCCUCAUUGCCGGUACACAAUGAAGAUCAAUGCUCUUGCCCGACAAGUUCUCAUCAGUGCAGAUGGGGUCAUUGAGAGUUCAUUCUCGCCUAGCAAAUAUUCUAUGGAGCUUAGCUCCGUCGCUUAUGACCAGCAGUGGCGGUUUGAUAGGGAAGCUCUGCCAGCAGACCUAAUAAAUAGGGGAAUUGCCAUUGAGGAUCCAACUGCUCCCCAUGGCCUAAAGCUACUGAUCGCAGACUAUCCUUUUGCCAACGACGGUCUGGUCCUAUGGGAUGCCUUAAAACAAUGGGUUGCAGAUUAUGUCAAUUACUACUACAAGAACGCAAGCAUGGUGCAGUCUGAUCCAGAGCUCCAAGCAUGGUGGACAGAAAUCCGAACCAAAGGUCAUGAGGAUAAGAAAGAUGAACCAUGGUGGCCAGUCCUCAAAACACCAGAAGAUCUCAUCGGAAUUAUCACAACUAUAGUGUGGGUGGCCUCUGCUCACCACUCAGCCGUCAACUUUGGGCAAUAUGCUUUUGCUGGCUACUUCCCCAAUAGGCCUACGAUUGCGAGAAUCAACAUGCCCUGUGAAGACCCAACAAAAGAAGAAUGGAAACAAUAUCCCGAUUCUGAACUUUUGGUAUGCUUCCCUUCACAGAUUCAAGCAACAAAAGUUAUGGCUAUUUUAGAUGUGUUAUCGAAUCAUUCCCCGGAUGAAGAGUAUCUAGGGAAGCAUAUGGAGCCAACAUGGGGUAAAGAACCAGCAAUAAAGAAAGCAUUUGAAAGGUUUGCAGAGAGAUUAAAGGAACUCGAAAAAAUUAUUAAUGCUAGGAAUAAAGACAAUAGUUUGAAGAACAGAGGCGGAGCUGGGGUGGUUCCAUAUGAUGUUUUGAAGCCAUUUUCUAAACAGGGGGUGACAGGAGAAGGAGUUCCAUACAGCAUCUCCAUCUGAAGUUACAAUAUAUAUGGAAGAGAUAAUAAUUGAUGUAACAUGUGAACUUUGUGCUAAUUAAGGUAAUUAAUGAAUAAAUGCAAUGAAAUCUUACAGGACUAAAAACAA